GGGGGGAUGAAAAAUUUUAGGAGGCGUUCAUUUUGCAAGGAACCAGCAGUAUCAAUUAUCAUUGAGUCCACUAGUUGUGCAAGGUACAUUUCUGGACCGAAUUUGUACUUGAGUAUGGCCAUUGAACACUCUGGGUUCACCCACUUCGCCUCUACACUAUCCCCGGAAUUUUCUCUUCCAUUUGGUCAAAAAAUUCCAUUUUGAUUUCACAACAGGAACAGGAAUAUGGGCCAAACCAACUCGAAACCAGUCAUGGGACCGGUAACACCUAAUAUCCUCAAGGAUCGGAUACAUACACCAGUUCCAAAUGUCAGUCCUAGUCUGACGGCUCCUACUCCUAUGGAAGACCCUCAAAUCAACUCAGCGUCCCAGAACUUAUCUGAGGUAGAAGACCAAGUCACCCUCUUUCCCUCACCUAGACAAAGGCGAGACUCAAACAGAGCUCCUUCAAGCAACGGCUAUACUGCAGUUGACCCGGAUGAAUCACCUUCGAGUUACAGACAGCAACAAUGGAACAGAGCAUAUCCACCCAUCCAUAUCCCAACUAAUCAGCGUAGCUUCUUUGAAGACGAGCCUGCUAAAUGUCCAUGUUCCCUUAUCAACGACGAGCUGGCUUUCCGGAAGCUUCCCGGAAAGUCUAGCCUGGAGAUAAUCUGUCCCAAACUAAACGAGUCCCUUCGAAAUAUCAUUGACCCAUCAACCAAGUAUCAGGGAUCCGGUCGAAUACCAAGAUUCAUUGUCGACGAGCCAUAUAAGCCGAUCUUCUAUAUUAGGAAGAAGUUCUUACAAGGAAGGCAUGGAGCUAUGGAUGGCCAUAGUAGAGAGCAUAUACAACCCCUAUUCGACUUUGUUCGGAGAAAGAGUCGUCUGGUCUGGGAAAAGCUCAAUCAGAUAGAUGAAAGAAUAUGCUACGAUAUUGCCUUCAAGGAACUUUGGCUCCUAUACCCACCAGGAGAGACUGUGCUCAACAAGGACGACGGCGCGUGGAGAGCAUAUAAGGUUGAUAGAGUGGAGAUAAAUUCCGAUUCUAGUUCGGCAGAUAUGACGAUUCACUGCUGGUUUCUUGACUUUGACAAGACAGGGAAAUGGCUAGUUCCACACUCCAAGGUGUUCUACGUACAUUCGUACUCUUCAGAGCGGCCAAUAGGAGUCCUUGAUGUCAUCCCUGAGUGGUACUGUGAGGAACUCGGGGCGAAGUUAGUCGAGCGGGGAAAGAAAUACUGGGAAUACGGACGUGUUGUAUCUCAUAAACGAUAUGACGGUGAUGCCUGGCCAAGAACUUCGCAAGAAGACCCGGUGAAUGUCAUUAUAGAUUACGUGACAUCCAGCAAGCACCCACAAGAAACUGGCCUGCAUGGGUCGCAAAGUUCUGGGGCCGUGUGUUCUGUUUGCCGAGCAAAAGCUGUCCAGCUUGAAUCUUACUCCGGCGAUGUCCCUCAUGAAACCAGACCACAUGAUGAUGAAAUAUGUGGUAUAAGACAAACAGCAAGCUCCGCCGACGACAGCAUAGAAAAGUUCGAUACAGGUCUCCUUAUGUUCUGCCCCUCUCAGAUAUGGGCUUUCUCCCUCCGGCAUAAAUCUUGGAAGAUGAUUCAGCUACAAGAAUUGAGUCAGAUCCAACCUCAGGAUGAGUCGUUCAGGACGCUACAAAUGGAUAACGACAAGAAGGAAGAUCUAGAAAAUGUGCUGUGCGGUUAUCUGAAGAACAAGCAUAGCAAUAUAGACGUUAUCGAAGGAAAGGGACAAGGCCUUAACGUGUUAUUACAUGGCAAUCCUGGAACUGGAAAAACGUUGACUGUCGAGUCUCUGUGCGAGAAACACGUGUUCCCCCUAUAUACUUUGACGUGUGGUGAGUUGGGAAACGACGCAGAUGCUUUCGAGGAUCGCCUCCAGAUGGCUUUCCUCCGCGCUGCAAACUGGAGGGCAGUCCUCCUACUCGAAGAGGCCGACAUCUUCGUGCGGCACCGCGAUCGCGAAAUACAGCGUUGCGCGAUAGUAUCCAGCUUUCUUAGCAAGCUCGAUUAUUCGCGUGCUGUGGUCUUCAUGGCCACUAACCGAGUCAAACACUUGGAUAGUGCACUUGUGUCCCGAGUUCCCUUACAGUUGGAGUUUCCGGACUUCGAUUUGCAGGCCCAAAAAGAGAUUUGGAAAGACGCGAUCAAUCGUCUUCAGGAUGUCAAGUCAGAUGACAAAGAGGCACUUGCGUUCUGGGUGAGAGAAGAGCUUGCACAGAGUAAAGAUAGAUAUGGGCAUCUUAGUAUGAAUGGUAGGCAGAUUAGGAACUGUAUCAGCGCUGCUGCUGCAUUGGCUCGUGGGAAGAGAAAUGAUAGCAGUCUCAGAGUUGUUCACAUCGAGAAAAUACUUAGUCUUGGGAAAGACUUCAUGGAGUUCCUCCGCCAAGGGGACAACCCCAGCGUCCAUGCAAUAAAGGAGGAGAAGACUAGGCAGGAAAGGUUGGGACAGCAAAUGACUCCUUAAGCAUACGCCUCACAUAUAAUGAUAACGACUUUAUUAUUAAGUUCCUUAGACGCA